AAGAUAACUUUAUUUCCAUUAGUUUCUCUCUUCUAAGUGUGAACAUUGUCAGUCAAUAUCGUCAACGUUUUCUCAUUAUAUACACAAAACUCUUUGUAAAUCAUUACCCUCUCUUAAAUCUCUGUGAUCUAUACAUCUUCUCUCAAGCGUAGUAAUGAAUCUCUUUGCGACAGUUACUUCUACUACCAUCUUUACGCUUUUGUGUAGUAGAAUCUUUUCUAUUGUUUAUGGAAAGUUCAGAGUUCAAGAAUCUUCUUCUUCAUCAUCUCCACCAUCUCCCCAGUCGUCUUUGCCUAUACACGAUGUCUUCCCGAGCUUCCACGGAGCGGAUGUCCGUAAAUCUUUUCUCAGUCAUCUUCUCAAGGAGUGUGGGAUCAAAGGAAUCAACCUGUUCAUCGAUAACGAGAUCACUAGAGGAGAGUUCAUCGGCCCUGAGCUCAAGAAGGCAAUCCAAGGAUCAAGAAUUGCGAUUGUGUUGCUCUCGAAAAGAUACGCUUCUUCAUCCUGGUGUCUUGACGAGUUAGUGGAGAUUAUGAAGUGUAAGGAAGAUUUAGGUCAAACGGUGAUGCCAGUUUUCUAUGAAGUGGAUCCAAGUGAUGUCAAGAAGCAGACCGGUGACUUUGGGAAAGUCUUUAAAAAAACUUGUAAAGGUAAAAGAAAUGAGGUUACUAGGAAAUGGAGUGAAGCUCUAGCAAAAGUGGCCACCCUCGCUGGUUACCAUUCAAAGAACUGGGAUAAUGAGGCAAACAUGAUCGAAGAUGUUGCCACUGAUGUUGCAAACAAGUUGUUUAACUCCACGCCGUCAAGAGAUUUCGACGAAUUCAUUGGGAUGGAAGCUCAUAUGAACAAGAUUUCGCGUGUUUUACGCACAGAUUUGGAUGAAGUGAGGAUGAUAGGGAUUUGGGGGCCGGCUGGGAUUGGCAAGACCACCAUUGCUAGGUGUCUGUUCAAUCAACUAUCCCAUUCGUUUCAAUACAGUGUCUUUCUGAUGAAUGUCAAAGCAAUGUAUACGCCACCGGUUUGUUCGGACGACUACAAUGUGAAGUUGCUUUUGCAGCAAAAGUUUCUCUCUCAGCUACUCAACCAGAAUGAGGAUCUCAAGAUUUCUCACUUGGGAGUUGCACAAGAAAGACUGAAUGACAAGAAAGUUCUUGUUGUUCUUGAUAACGUUGACCGGUUAGUACAACUAGAAGCCAUGGCCAAAGAAACUGGGUGGUUUGGUCAUGGAAGUCGGAUUAUCGUUACAACGCAAGAUAGAAAGAUUCUGAAGGCACAUGGGAUCACUGAUAUUUACAAGGUUGAUUUUCCAUCAAAUCGUGAGGCUAUUCAGAUGUUUUGUAUGUAUGCUUUUGGUCAAAAGUCCCCUGAAGUUGGUUUUGAGAACCUUGUAUGGGAAGUAACAAGACUCGUCGGUAAACUCCCUUUGGGACUAAGGGUUAUGGGAUCUCAUUUUCGUGGAAUGUCCAAGCAGGAGUGGGAGAAUGAACUACCAGAGCUAUGGAGAUGCCUUGAUGGAGAAAUUGAGAGCAUUUUGAUGUUCGGUUAUAACGCAUUAUCUUAUGAAAAUAAAGAUUUGUUUCUUCACAUAGCCUGCUUUUUCAACAAUGAGUGGAAAGAGAAAGUGGUAGAGCAUCUUUCAACGAGAUUUUCUAAUAUGAGGCAACGGCUUAACGUCUUAGCCGAUAAGUCUCUCAUAUCUUUGAAACGGGGAGAUGUGAUUAUGCAUGAUCUGCUAGUCCAGCUGGGUAGAGAUAUUGUCCGCAAACAGUCCAGUGAGCCUGGACAACGCCGGUUUCUGGUCGAUAAAAGAGAGACUUGUGAAGUACUGGCUGAUGAUGCAGCGGGUAGUGGAAAUGUUAUUGGCAUAAAGUUUGAUGGAGACGAAAUAAAUGUGAGUGAGAGAGCCUUUGAAGGAAUGUCUAAUCUCCAGUUCUUAAGAUGGGAAGUGGAACGUGAUGGUGGAGGAGAUACAUUUCCAAACUAUUUAUCUCGUAAACUUAGAUUACUAGAUUGGAGCUAUUUUCCGAUGACAUGUUUGCAUUGUAUUCCCAACCCAGAGCUCCUCGUGGAACUAAUCAUGUAUCGCAGCAAACUUGAGAAGUUGUGGGAAGGAACUAAACCGCUUACUAAUCUCAAGUGGGUGGAUUUGAGGUAUUCAGAAAAUUUGAAGGAUGUUUCUAAUCUCUCAACUGCCACUAGUCUAGAGGAAUUAAAUCUCACAGGAUGUUCAAGUUUAGUGGAGCUUCCAUCUUCUAUUGGGAAUGCCAUUCAUCUCAAAAAGUUGGAUCUCAGUGGAUGUUCAAGUUUGGUAGAGCUUCCUUCCUCUAUUGGGAAUGCAAUAAGAAACCUCGAGGAUUUGGAUUUUAGUGAUUGCUCAAGUUUAGUGAUAGUCCCUUCCUCUAUUGGAAACGCCACUAAUCUCAAGCGUUUGGAUUUUAGAAGAUGCUCAAGUCUUGUGGAGCUUCCUGCCUCUAUUGGAAACCUCCAUAAACUACACUCUUUGAUUUUGAGAGAAUGUUGCAAGCUGGAGGUUCUUCCAGUCAACAUCAACUUGAAAUCUCUGAGUGAACUUGAUCUCACUGAUUGCUCCUUGAUGCAAGGUUUUCCUGAGAUCUCGACAAACAUCGAAUCUAUGUAUCUCACUGGAACUGCGAUUAAACAAGUGCCUUCAUCGAUCAGCUUGUGGCCUCGUCUAUUUGACUUGCAUAUGUCAUACAGCGAGAACCUCAAGGAUUUCCCUCAUGUUCUUGACACCAUGACAGUUUUGGUUAUGAGCAACACAGAAAUACAAGAGAUUUCUCCUUGGAUCAAGAGAAUCUCUCGUCUUCGUCGACUUGUACUCGACGGAUGCAAGAAGCUUUUGUCACUCCCACAGCUUCCAAGUUCAUUAUCAGAGCUAGACGCAAAAGAUUGUGAGUCUCUGGAGAGACUAGACUGCUCCUUUGUUAAUCAAAAGAUUGAUCUCAACUUCGCCAACUGCUUCAAACUGAAUAAAGAAGCGAGAGAUGUCAUCAUCCAGACGUCGACUAAUUAUAUAACGAUCUUACCAGGUAAUGAAAUGCCUGACUACUUCAAUUAUCAAGCUAAUGGAGGUUCCCUAGUAAUAAAGUUGAACGAGAGGCCUUCACCUUCACCAAUGAUAUGGAAGGCUUGCAUAUUGCUAAACGGUGAAGCUGGUAUAGGAAAAACGGUGUAUGUACAUCAUGGGAUCAAACAGAAUAGCCUCGAUGUCCGGUGCAGUCCAGGAAACCGCACUCUGUUUUUUCCUUUAACGGAACAUCUGUACAUCUUUGAACUCGAAGCAGACGUGACUUCAGACGAACUUUGCUUUGAGUUUAAGGUCGACAGAGACGAAUGGAUGAUAAAAGAAUGUGGAGUGCAUUACCUUAAUACAAGUUGAAAGGUUGAUACAUGUAAUGUUGUAUUUUUUGUGUAUUGAUUAUCAAUCAUCCUGUUGUGGUGGGUUAUGACUUAUGAGUAGUUACUUAUACGAGGAACCAAUUCUCUCAUAAUUAUCCUUUUAACCGAGCAUAAAAUCAGAAUUA